CAAAAUGGUCCGACCAAAGGGACGGCCCUCGGCUCACGCGGCUCGAGGGCCGCCAUUUCCGGAAAAAAAACACCAUUUUGUUUGUUUUUCCGUAAAUUCAGCUUUGCGUGGUUUUUGAGCGUGAUUUUGCAUGACAGGUUGCCGGUGUUGCGUUUUUCUCACGAUUUUCACGUUGUCGGUCGUGUUUGGAAAGAGCUUCCCCAAGCACGUGAGCCUUGUGGCGGCAGGGAACCGCUCACGGGUGCAAAGGCGUGGUUUCAGACUCACAGUUUUUCUUGACCUCACGUGCCCUGUGCCCAGACUUCGACGUGCAGAUCUUCUCGCAGCGCCGCGCUUUGGAGUUGCCUUUUUGUCACUUUUUGUUGGCCGCUUGCAGGUGGAUCCAAUUCGUGCUACUGGGGACUCUUUGGCUGGGCACCUGUGCGGAUUGGUGUCAACUCGGCCUUUGAGCAGUGUUUCAGGCUUUGUUUUGACAUCGAGGCAUACUGCCCGGACCUUCGCUGCUUCCGUUGUCAUGGCCAUCAAUGCCAACUGAUCUUCGAGGUUUGGGUCCGAACUCGCCAAUCUGUCAGGCCCCCUGAUCUUUGGCCUAGCGAGGCCCGUGUAUCUUUGGAAAUCGUGACCUCGUUGAGCCAGGCACUGCGAACUUUUGAGCUUCCGUGCCAUGAAGCAACGUCCUUCCAUCAAGACGUCUGGAUGUGGGUCAGCCAGUCUGACGGAUGGACGCUGCGAAGCCUUGCAAGGCUUGGCCCGACCGACCUUCAGGCCGCGAGUGAAAAGGAGGAGGAGCAUUUAAACCCGUGCGUUGGUGUUGCCAAAGAAGCCAGUCAAUCUUGUGUUUGCUCUGGAAACUUGGCUCGAGGGUAC